AAUACUCUGCUUUGGCAGCCCAGUUGGUCCGUAUUCAUGCUCACUCCCUUCACCCGCAACACAAGAACUAACAUGAAACGAUGUGCAGGAACAAAGUUGUGACAUCUGGACUCCGGCUUUUCUUUGGUCUUUCUUAUUUCGCAACUUCAACAACCGGAUCUGAUUUGAUAGCAUACUAACCCUUCCCCAGCGAUUACAGCUUUUCCCAAACCAACAUGCUUCCCUCCGCUACUGGGAUGUUUUCUUUCUGUCAAACAGGACCAGCGGACCUGAACGGUUCGUCUUGGGAUGCGACAACGGAAGGCCCACAGAACUUUUCCGAAUUCACUGUUGCCGGAGACUACUAUACCACUGGAGAUGCCGAGGACUGCUUUAUUCCUUUCAGCCAGAACACACCAAGGCCGGAUCAAACGGAGACCAUGGAGGACUAUCAAGCCAGGUGGAAUGCUGCUGCUGCCGCGGUUGACAAGGUUCCAAAGGCGGAACCCAUGCGCCGCAUGACUUCCCAGAGCUCUACUAGCAGCCACAAGCAAAGGAUCACCAAGUCGACACCCCCAACCAAGAGGGUAGGAAGGUCGAGAGUUCCGUCGGUUCAUCUCAUCUCUACCUCCUCGGCAUUGUCCAAGCUUGAUGUCUCUGGCAAUGGCUCCAGUUAUCAGGAUGCUUCAUUGACAAACGGCCGCAUCAUGGAUGUGCCCCAGUUCUCUACUCCGGAUUUUGAAUCAUUCAAUGGACACCCGGCAUUUUACACCAGCAUUAUGAACAUGCCGGAUGGUCUUCCCUUCUCCACCGAGAUGGGAGCUUCUGCUAUGAACCAGCAUGUGAACCCCCAGAUCUUCACUGCCGGCAUGAUUGGCAGCUCUCCUCAGUCUUGGGGCUCUCCUAGCCCUAUUGGCUCUUCGCGCAUGUCUUCUCCCGGUUUCUUCGAGGGGGAUGUCUUCUCUGGUGUUCCUUCUGUGUCUUCCCCUGAGGAGAGCACGAGCUCCAUCUCUCCCGUUCUUCCCGGCCAAUCGCCCAGGUAUGUUGCUACCGAAGUUUUGCCUUCUUCCGGGACACUCUCUUACGAUUAUGGGAACAUCAGGAUGAGCCGCAAUGGUUCGCAAUAUGUUACUGAGGAUAUCCAUGGAAAUGUGAUUCCUGCUAUUGAAGAUGCCUUUUCUCUUCCUCCUGCUUUCGGCGCUCGCCGUAUGAGCGGUGAUGGUGAGUCUGCCAGGGAUCACUAUCUCUACAAGAACGCUCUUCCGCAAGCCGACGGUCUUUUCCACUGCCCAUGGGAGGGUGAGACCAACUGCAACCACAAGCCCGAGAAGCUCAAGUGCAACUAUGACAAGUUCGUUGACUCUCACCUCAAGCCCUACCGCUGCAAGGUUGAAGGGUGCCAGAACGCCCGUUUCUCUUCUACUGCUUGCCUUCUUCGUCAUGAGCGUGAGGCCCACGCCAUGCAUGGACAUGGAGAGAAGCCCUAUCUCUGCACUUAUGAGGGAUGUGAACGCUCGCUUCCCGGACAUGGCUUCCCCCGCCAAUGGAACUUGAGGGAUCACAUGAGGCGUGUGCACAACGACAACGGCUCUACUGCCCACGCUGCUUCUUCUCCUCCCCCGUCGGGAGCCAGUACUUCCUCCCGGGGCCGCAAGAGAAAGAGCGAGGGCGAUAAGCAGGAAGCCCAGGAGAAGACCAGCUCUCGCAAGUCGGCCAACAAGAUUAGCAAGGCUGAGGCCCAGGCCGAUGUCCACCGUGCUCAGUGGAGCGAGCACCAGAAGGCUCUCCAGAGCAUCUUCCAGGAAUACCUUCAGCCUGAGGACCCUCAGAGCCUCCAAUACAUCAAGGAUGCUCAGGAGCACUUGGCCGCCAUGGGCAAGCUUCACCAAGCCCUUUCCAACGGUGUUCAGCCCCGCAGCUGGAAGAUGUAAAUAUUCUGACAUUGGUUUGGAAUGACGACUACCAACCGACUUCCUGGAGAUAGCCUCCUGGACUUUGAGUCCACGAUCUCUUCAAGUGCUAGGUCACUUGAACCAGUCAACGUCAAACAAAGGACGGUACUGGACCACUCCUGGCCACAAAGCUGUGACGGGCUAGCCACCUCGCCGCGCCGAGUCGAGGCCGACCCAUGAGCCAUUGUUGUGCCGGGAGUGAGGAUGAUCCGGACCAAGGUCUGAUGGGCUCCAUGGACC